AUGGCAGCACAUGAUGGGGCUUCCUCCUCCUCCUCCUCCUCCUCCUCCACCACCUCUCCUAUCUCUUCAGGAUCAUCCACUAAUUAUGAUAUGUUUCUUAGUUUCAGGGGUGCAGAAACAAGCAAUAACAUCACUGGUUUCCUUCACAAAGCUCUUAAAAGAGAAGGAAUCGUUGUGUUUAUAGAUAGCGAAGGACUGUGGGGUGGAGACGAGAUCCAACCAGCGCUCUUUAAAGCAAUCCAACAAUCCAAAAUCUCGAUUAUUGUCUUCUCUAAAGGCUAUGCGGAUAGCAAGUGGUGUCUCCGUGAACUGGUUAAGAUUGUUGAAUGCCAUAUAUCCAACCAUCAAAAAAUUCUACCCAUAUUCUUCGAUGUUGAGCCAAGAGAUGUUCGCAAUCAGACCGCAAGUUUUGAAGGAUCAUUUCAGAAACACAAGGACAAAUUUGAUGAUGCCGAAAUAGAGGAUUGGAAGUCAGCCUUGUCUGUGGUAGGAGGGAAAAAGGGAUACGAACUUGAACAAGUAAAUGGAAAUCAAUCAGAGCUAGUCAAAUUAGUUGUUGAUUGGGCAGUGAGUGAAUUGAGUAGCAAUUGCUUGGGAGAUGUUAGAAAUCCUAUUGGAUUAGAUGACCGUGUAGCCGACCUAUCAUGUCUGUUGAAGGGGGGCUCCAAUGAUGUUCGUUUGGUGGGAAUCUGUGGUAUUGGGAAGACAUCUAUUGCAAUAACUCUCUAUAAUCGCAUUUUUAAAGAGUUUGAAAUGAGUUGCUUUCUUGCAAAUGUCAGAUCAGAAGAAGCAUCAGGACCAAAUGGUAUAGUUUCUCUUCAACAAAACUUAUUUAUAGUGUCUCCAAAAAGAAAGCUGAACCAUGCACUGUUUAUAGGGGACAACAAUUGA